CACAAGGCAAUCGUCAGGUCCGGUUUCUGACCGAAACCGAAUUAUUAAGAGCCCUAAUUGAAAUCCGUCUCAUUCAUCUUAAUGCGGGCGCUUAUGCCGUACCCGUGUCCAGAUGAAUUGACGUCGAUGGGUUGGUCUUUCAGUGCCGACCUUCCCGAAAUUGUGAAGAUAAUCUAACAUUACACAGCGCACAUUCGAGCAUUCUGGUUGGGGGCCUGUGAGCGGAGCACACCCUUCAUGUCCUUGAACGCACUAGGUGACGGAGACCUACAUUCAAGUCAUUGAUGGGAUAUCGUUGAGCAACAGGUAGGCAGGUGCCCGGGAUAUGCUGCCGCAGCAGAAGUUUCUUAAUGAAUCAGCGAUGUUUUCUGCGGCGAAUACAAGCCGACAGACAGCAGUGCCAGUUGUAGCAGGAUUAACACAAGAUGGAAUGCAGGCACGUCUUUGAAGCAUCACAUGGGUCUCAAAUUCGCAAAUUUGAAACAGCGUGGGCGAAUGGCGCAGACUCAAUGUUCAUUGGAAACCAUAACCGUGUCUUGAGGACAUUGCGCACGCAGAUGAAACUUCCCGGGCGGAAGUUGAAAUGCCGGUGCCACGAGGAGUGCGAAUCUCGGGGGCCUUAUUUGCCCCAAUGCAGGGGCCCAGCAGUGGGGAUAUGGAACAUUGACCCGGAGGUAAUCAAAUCGAUCGUCCCACGGAUCACAACCAUGAGGCUAGUGGUGGCAGUGGGUCCAGGAAUGGUCUCAGCCGUGAUAUGCCAGAACUGGCAUAAGACAUCGGACCAAACGAAUAUCAAUGUUGCGGCGCCGGGAAAAGCCAACCCUGCAGAGCAGUUUUCCCUUCAGCUUCUGUCACAAACCUUCAAAAUGAAGCUGAUUACCAGCAAUGUGGCUGUGGAAGAGCGUGCAAUGUCAUGGUGGCGUCGUAGAUACUCUGAAGGGUCCCUCACACUCAAAGAGAGUGACUUAGGGGUGCUUGCGCCCCCCAUGUGUCUUAUCAUGAUCACCAGGGUCAGUCGACUCCGGAACAAACGCGAGAAGCCACGGGGCUCCGAAACUUGCAACAGAUGACAUCACCGGACAUCGGAAUUCCGGAACCACGACGUCGGCUACACUUCAUCGGACGUUUGGGCUCGCCAGUCACUGACUAG